AUGCCCCCUGACAGUUCUACAAAGCGCAAAGCAGAGGAGAUUAUGUCACAACAGAAACCAGUUGAAUGUUCAUCACUGAAAAAGAGGAAAGCCUUGAAGAGUAACCACAAAUAUGAUUUUGGCAUCAAAGAGAAAACUGAUUCAAGCACAAACAUGCCAAUGAGAUCCCAUGGAAAAGAACAAGAGACCCUGAAAGCUUUGGCACCAGCAUCAGUUUUUCAAAAUCCAGACAGAGAGACCAUGAAGAUUCUAACUAGAAAGUUUAAUGCAGAUGAUUUGAACUAUCUCAGAGACUUCCCCACAAUUGAACCAAGCACUGGAGCUCUGCAUGAUACUGAAAGUUUUUUCAAGUCCUUGUGGACCUAUAAUUGUAAAAAUCUGCCACCCAACCACCAAUUCUGGAUCCCAAGAGAAAAUGUGGAUGAAUUCCUUAUGACAUAUAGAUUCUCUCAAUCCCAUGCAGAUCGCAUGAUCCGAGAUAACCGAGAAACAAAGAAAGAACUCGGAGAUACUAUCUUGAAGUUAUCAAAUCAAUGGUUGGAUCUCAAUCGAUAUGCUACCUUUUUUGAGAUCAUCACUUACUUCCAGAAGAAACUCAAUUCAUGGCUGGACCUCAAAAAGACAUACAUCAGCAGAUCCAAAAUACGUUAUGAUACUACCCACUUUGACAGAAAAGUUGAAUGGAUCCUUGAGGGUGCUACCCUAUGGUACUACACCUCUGAAGCCAUUCUAAAGUAUUGGAGAGAACGAUAUCAACAAGAGAUUGAACCUGGUAGCAAUUCUAGUAGGGGAAAUCAACCAUUCAAACUAAUUCAAAUGAUGAAAUCUCUGGGAUUUACUUCAAAGGAAAGUCACUGA